UUGAAAAGUGUUGGAAAGACCUCGGGUUAUACGUGGUCUUGGAGUAGUAGUGUUUAUUAAAGUGUUAGACGAAUAUUAUGAAAGCUAUGUCAUAUCAUUACGUUGUGACGGCACACAAACCCACAGCUGUCAAUGGCUGCGUGACCGGUAAUUUUACUUCACCGACAGAUCUGAAUCUGAUUCUGGCUAAGAAUGUACGUUUGGAGAUAUAUCUUGUAACGCCAGAGGGUCUGAGACCUCUGAAGGAAGUCGGAAUCUACGGCAAAAUAGCCGUUAUCAAGUUUUUCAGGCCAGCGCAUGAGAACAAGGACCUCUUAUUUUUGUUAACAACACGUUACAACGCUAUGAUUUUGGAAUGCAUUGGGGAAGGAGAAGACAUUGAAAUAAUAACAAAGGCACAUGGAAAUGUAGCUGAUCGAAUUGGAAAGGCAUCAGAAACUGGAAUCAAGGCUGUUAUUGAUCCGAAGUCGCGAGUAAUAGGUCUCAGACUGUACGAUGGACUGUUCAAGAUCAUACCUUUAGACAAAGAUAAUCCCGAAUUGAAAGCGUCCUCUAUUCGUAUGGACGAGCAACAGGUGCAAGAUGUAAAUUUCUUAUACGGAUGUGCUAACCCCACUUUAAUCCUGAUUCAUCAAGACAUCAACGGCAGACACGUUAAAACGCACGAGAUCAACUUGAGAGAAAAAGAAUUCUCAAAGAUACCUUGGAGACAAGAUAAUGUAGAACGAGAAGCCAUGAUGGUAAUUCCUGUGCCGUCUCCUAUUUGCGGCGCUAUUAUAAUAGGACAAGAGAGCGUUUUGUAUCACGAUGGCACCACGUAUGUUACCAUUGUGCCACCGAUUAUUAAGCAGAGCACCAUCACCUGCUACGCUAAAGUGGAUACUCAAGGACUAAGAUAUUUACUGGGCGAUAUGGCCGGUCAUCUGUUUAUGUUAUUUUUAGAAGUAGAAAAGAAGCCCGACGGAUCGCACGUGGUAAAAGAUCUAAAAGUAGAAUUACUGGGUGAGAUUAGUAUACCGGAAUGCAUAACUUAUUUGGAUAAUGGCGUGAUAUACGUCGGCAGUCGUCUAGGAGAUUCUCAGCUGAUCAAACUGAUCACCAAGGCGGACGAAAACGGAUCUUACUGCGUACCUAUGGAGACCUUCACCAAUUUGGCGCCAAUUGUCGAUAUGGCCGUAGUGGAUUUGGAAAGACAAGGGCAGGGACAAAUGGUUACAUGCUCGGGUGCCUUCAAAGAGGGUUCUCUCAGAAUCAUUCGAAACGGCAUAGGUAUUCAGGAGCACGCAAGCAUCGAUCUGCCGGGCAUCAAGGGCAUGUGGGCUCUCAAGGUCGGCGGCGGUAACUUCGACAACACGUUGGUGUUGUCGUUUGUCGGACAGACCAGAAUCUUGACUCUGAACGGCGAGGAAGUGGAGGAAACCGAUAUACCGGGUUUCGUCGCGGACGAGCAAACGUUUCACACGGGCAAUGUGACCAACGAUUUAUUUAUACAGGUCACUCCUACGUCCGCCAGAUUGAUCUCGCAUGAGAGCAAAAUGGUCGUCUCCGAGUGGGAACCGCAAAACAAGAGAACCAUCAGCGUGGUCGCCUGCAACGGCACUCAACUUCUGUGCGCUACCGGUAAUGAUCUUUUCUACAUGGAGAUCACGUGCAAUCAAAUUGUAGCCAAAGGAUUUACUACUCUGGAGCAUGAGGUAGCGUGUCUGGAUAUCUCGUCCUUGGACGGUCUCAGCGAGGCUAAGAUCGUCGCCGUUGGUCUCUGGACAGACAUAUCUGUUCGCAUUUUAACGCUACCAACUCUAGAUCAGAUCAACAAAGAACUCCUUGGCGGAGAAAUCAUCCCAAGAUCAAUAUUAAUGACUUGCUUUGAGGGUAACACGUACUUAUUGUGCGCUCUGGGCGACGGCAGCAUGUAUUAUUUCACUCUGCAGCGACAAUCCGGUAUUCUCACGGACAAGAAAAAAGUCACCUUAGGAACGCAGCCUACAGUCCUGCGCACUUUUAGGUCGCUGUCCACGACGAACGUAUUCGCCUGUUCGGACAGACCUACUGUUAUUUAUUCAUCAAAUCACAAACUCGUCUUUAGCAACGUUAAUUUGAAAGAGGUGAAUCACAUGUGCUCGCUCAACGCCGAGUCGUAUCCCGACAGUCUGGCUCUGGCGACCGAUAGCACGGUAACGAUCGGCACCAUCGACGAGAUUCAAAAGCUGCACAUAAGAACGGUCCCGCUCGGAGAAUCACCAAGACGGAUCGCUUAUCAGGAGAGCUCGCAAACCUUUGGCGUGAUUACGAUGCGUGUGGACGUGCAGGAGAGCAGCGGCGUGAACAUCGUCAGGCCGUCCGCAUCCACCCAGGCGUCAAGCAGCAGUCACAUCGCGUCGCAUAAUAAACCGAGUGGACACACGGCCAGCGAGAUCGGCCAGGAAAUCGAAGUGCACAAUCUUCUUAUAAUUGAUCAGCACACUUUCGAGGUAUUGCACGCGCAUACAUUGAUGCCUACGGAAUACGCUUUAUCCUUGAUCUCUACAAGAUUGGGUGAAGAUCCUACGUCUUAUUUCGUGGUUGGCACUGCCUUUAUCAAUCCCGACGAGACCGAACCAAAGAUGGGAAGAAUAUUGCUGUACCACUGGAGCGAUGGGAAGCUGACUCAAGUUGCAGAGAAAGAGAUUAAAGGUUCAUGCUAUUCAUUAGUAGAAUUCAAUGGAAAGCUACUCGCAAGCAUUAACAGUACGGUGCGAUUGUUUGAGUGGACUGCCGAAAAGGAACUCAGGCUAGAGUGUUCGCACUUCAACAAUAUAAUUGCUCUCUAUCUGAAAACCAAAGGUGAUUUUGUCUUAGUGGGAGAUCUCAUGAGAUCCCUCACUCUGUUGCAAUAUAAAACCAUGGAAGGCAGCUUUGAAGAAAUAGCUAGGGACUACAAUCCAAAUUGGAUGACAGCUAUUGAAAUACUAGAUGAUGAUACUUUCUUAGGUGCUGAAAAUUGUUUCAAUCUCUUCGUUUGCCAGAAAGACAGCGCCGCGACUUCCGAAGACGAGCGGCAACAAAUGCAGGAAGUUGGCCAAUUUCACUUGGGCGACAUGGUCAAUGUCUUCCGACACGGUUCGCUGGUGAUGCAGAAUCUAGGAGAAUCGAGUACACCCACCAUGGGUUGCGUGUUGUUCGGAACUGUCAGCGGGGCCAUUGGCUUGGUGACGCAAAUUCCGUUCGCGUUUUACGAGUUUCUGCGCACUUUGGAGGAUAGACUGAACAGUGUGAUAAAAAGUGUAGGCAAAAUCGAGCACAACUUCUGGAGAAGUUUCAACACGGAUUUGAAGAUAGAGCAAUGCGAGGGAUUUAUAGACGGCGAUCUGAUAGAGAGUUUCCUCGAUUUGAAUCAUGACAAAAUGGCGGAAGUUGCUAUGGGCGUUAUGAUCGAUGAUGGUAGCGGCAUGAAGAAGGAAGCAACGGUGGACGAUCUUGUAAAAAUAGUAGAGGAUCUUACAAGGAUACAUUAAAUAUACUAUAUAUUAUACAAGCAUUGUUUUAAAUUUUUAUGUUUGUGAAAAGAUUGUAAUAACAAUAGGGAUAUAGAUGUUCUCAAAAGACAAUUCAAACAAAAGCGCGAACGUUCAAUUUUUACAUUACAUUAUUAUUUCCAUCGCCGCAAAAGAAUAAUAAGAACUUGCAAAAGUCCUUAUUACACUUCGCGUGUGAUAAGAACUUGCUUACAAAUCUUUAGAUUCGCAAUCACACAUGUGUGCAAAGUGUAUUACAGAUAUUCCAGCAUUUUCAACAUGUUACCUGCCACGCACUAUUCAUUCAUAGUCUCACAGAACUGCAAUACCAUACCUUAUACCUUUGUUAAUUAUAAAUUGUUUUAUUGCUAAUUUGCAUUGAUACUUCUGCUAUUCUAUCUGGUAAUUUUGUGACGUAAUUCUCUAAAUUUUUGCGCAGACAAUAACAAAAAUAAGUGGAGAUCGAGCAGAAGAAAAUUCGUCUCGAAAGCGUGCAACUGAAAAUACGAAAAAACUAUAUAUACGCCGUGACAGUCAAACAUGUUGAGAGUACUUGUCGCGGUCACGUUGCGUUACGACGCUCGGACACGAGAAAAAAAAAUACACUUGAAAUUCCUACGAUAUAAUUAAAAUAUUUAUAGCUGGUAAUUUUCUCGCUUCCGAUCGUCGUGAUGAUUAAAUACUACACGGCGACAAGAAUAAGAGAUUCCCUUUUGUGUUUGCCGCACGUUGCCACUUACGAUGAGCAGUAUUUUGUAGAAUUGCAUUAAGAACGUAGCGAAGUAAUAUGUAAUAGGGUAAAACAUUCAUUCGCAUGGAUUUAUUUUCAAUCACGAGUGUGGUUUGUAGUAACUUUAUAUAUCUUUGUAAGACUGUAAGUGUAAAUAAAAGUAACGGAGCAUUUUUGAAGCUAAAACAACGCUAGCUUAUUUGUUGGCGUUGAGAGUGGCCUGAAGCGUUUCCGGAUCGAAUAGCCA